AUGACUGACGCGACUGUCUCGCGUGUGCCCUCCUCUGAUGACUGGGACGAGAGGUGUAACGUGGGCAGCACACCGUGGACGUCACUCGACUUCUACAUGAUUGGCAGCAGUCACUUUGGUGGCCAUCUUGUCUCUGUCUCGUGUGCACUAACCGAAUGCAGACAUCGAGCCAAGCCUCGAGAAGUUGCAGUAACGGUAAUGGAGAAGUGUGCGUUCGACAGAUCUCAACCACUGAACCAUUUGGAAGCGAAACGUAAUGACAGCCAACUAAUGGAGACAAUGAGCACUCGCGUCGCACAGAAUUGA